CAAAUAUUUUGCAGCUAUUGUUCUGCUGCUGGUAGAUGUGCAUGGAACCUGGGUACGAAAUUCCUGGGUGCCAACCUGCCUAUGGCAACCUAGAAUACUCCAGGGCAGGCUCGCAAAAUCUUCACCUACUCUCUGGGACAGUACUUUGCAAGAACAGAAGGGGGAAUUACGAAAGCGUCUAUCUUACACUACCCAUAAGCUGGAAAUGCUUGAAACGGAAUUUGAUUCUACACGUCAGUAUCUUGAAAUAGAAUUAAGACGUGCUCAGGAGGAACUUGAAAAAGUAACUGAAAAACUGAGAAGGAUACAAAACAAUUACCUAGCCUUACAAAGAAUUAAUCAGGAUCUGGAGGAUAAACUUUACAGAAUGGGUCAACAUUACGAAGAGGAAAAACGGGCUUUGAGCCAUGAAAUAAUUGCACUCAAUAAUCACUUAAUAGAGGCCAAAGUGACAAUAGAUAAGUUGUCAGAAGACAAUGAGCUCUAUAGGAAGGACUGCAAUUUAGCUGCUCAGUUGCUCCAGUGCAGCAAGAAUUACGACAGGGCACAUAAACUUUCGGAGUUGCCAUCUGACUUUCAGGAAAGAGUCAUACUGGAAAAACCAGAUCCAAACAGCUUGUCUUCACACUUGUCAAGCCCAUCUACAAGGGAUCUCAAUUUUCAGGACUCUGCUGGAAAACUCGGGCAAAGGCCCCAGUACAAGACAGACAUCUACUGCAGUGACACUGCCCUUUACUGCCCUGAGGAGAGGAGGAGGGAGAGGAGGCAGAGUGUGGACACACAAGUGAAAGAUGUGGGGUUCCUGCGGUCCCAGAACUCCACAGACAGCACUGUCGAAGAAGACGGUUUCCAUUCCAGCUUCUCUCACGAAGCCUUCCCAGAGUACAUUACCUCUCUGCCGACCUCCAGCUCCUAUUCCAGCUUCAGUGUCACAUCCGAGGAAAAGGAGAAUGCCCAAGCCAACACUCUGACAGCCUCUCAGCAAGCGAUCUACAUGAGCAACCGAGACGAACUGUUUGAAAGAAAGUCACCUGCAGGUUACGAGCAUCAGGGAAGUCCUAGGUUUGCCAAGUCCAAACCUGCACAGCACAUGGAGCUUGCCGAUGACAAUGAGAACUCACCCACUUUUACUAGGACUCUCCCUCCAUAUGCAAAUGAACCUUUUCAUUUCUCAGCCAUAACACCGCAGCAGGCUUUAGCGAAUCAGAAAAUGAGGAAUGAGUGCAGGAGCACUCAUCUUUCGGAAGAAGACUUGCCUGGGCGAUGGAGGCAAUUGAGCGUGGAGGACAUUGGUGCGUACUCUUACAGAAACACUGGCAGGCUGUCACCUUGUAGUUUUUCAGAGCAGUACUACAACAGCCCUGGUAAGAAGGGAGACAGUCGAACAAGCCCCAUCUAUGCUAGUUACAAAGCAGAUAGCUGCUCAGAGGGAGAUGAUAUCUGCCAAAGUAGACUUGUGGAUUCUUGCUUCCUGAGAACAGAUAGUGGCCUGAAUAUUGACAUCAGCACUAGCUGUAAACAGGACAAAUUGCCCACUUACAAAACAAAAGAAUCAAGAGACCAAAAAAAUGAAAGGAUCACUGUCCAGUUAUGCAGUAGCAAAAACAUCGAAAAUAGCCCGGUAUUGAAAAGAGAAUACGUGGACGUAAGCCCCAACAGCUCAGCAGAGUCACUCAAUCACAGUUCAAUGGAGGCUUCAGAAAUCCACCAGUCUUCCAUGGAGCCAGGAAGCCAUUCGGGCAUUCACAGCAAACAGCAACAGUUUCAGCGGACUGGGAGUACUGGUUUGAGUCGGAAGGACAGCCUUACAAAAGCACAAUUAUACGGAACCCUUCUGAACUAG